GUCGAGAGAUAGCAACCACGGUGUUCCUUUACUCACGGCCGAUCCUACAGUCAACCUCUGAGUAUCCACCUGCACGGACGGAGGUGCUCGACCUCACGGUGAUAUCCGGUGUAGUGACAUGAACGGCAUUGCGUGAUUCUUUACUUGUUUUAUUGCCUUUAAUUUCGUCAGGCAUUAAUUGUUCUUAACUCUAAUCAUCUUUAAUUUUUUAUCGAAUUUUCAUUAAUUUAUUGUUUUAUUAUUUAUCAGAUUGUUUUAUAGUUGGUAAAAAAAUUAUUUAUGACAAUGUUAUAUUUAACGACCCAGAGUUUGCUCAGGUUUUUCCUGUUUGCUUUAGUAUGCGGGUGUUACACGCAAGCUUCGAAAAAAUGUUCUGCUGGAGGCCUAGACCUCAAAUACGUAAGGGGAGAUGCAUUGAUCGACUCUGCUGAUUGUCUUGGCCCUAAUAAUGCACCGUAUCCGUCAGCGGCAAUUGAAAAAAGUUUGAAGAGCUUCUGGGGAGGAAGCAGCCGAACCGGAAGGGCAUAUCAUCAAAACCGAGUAGCAGAUCCCGAGUUGACUAGACAAAAGCUCUUACACAAUUAUAAACUAUCUCACGGUGAUUACACCGUCUCCAGUGUGCGGAACGGUCGGAGCUUCAGCUCAAAAGAAACAUGCGGAUCACCAGGUCGGCUUUGUAAAACCCGGUACAAUACAACAGCACCGAUGUACGGGGUCAGUCUCACCAGCGGACAACCAGUUACCAUUGUACAAAAAUUUCCCGACCUACUGCAGCAAGUUGUCUUCGAGGUUUGCGAAUCCAAAGAAUGUGACGUGGUACACGGUGAGUGUACUCAAACUUAUGUCCCAUAUUUGUUCUUGGUGAUACCGCUUGGCCCGGUGACACUCACGGGUCAGGAUUACGUGCUCGUCGAAAGUGGUUGCGUGUGCAAACCC